AGAGCCGUGAUUGGUCUCCCGCGCUCUUAUAAAAUUUUGUACAAACUCCCUUUGGCCUUUUCAUCCUCUCCCCAUUCCCUUUCUUGUUUCCUAAUUCCUCCCUGCAAAAAGGUCCCUCUUCCCGCAGAUCCCACUGAGGGACUUGGGUGUACAAGAAUUCUGUACAGAUUUGAGGUUGUGUUAUCUUCUGAGGUUGCAAGUUGCCAAAGAUGGACUAUGUUUAUGGCCCAGGAAGGAACCACCUCUUUGUUCCAGGACCUGUCAAUAUCCCGGACCAGGUCCUUCGUGCGAUGAACAGAAACAACGAGGAUUACCGCUCUCCAGCUGUUCCGGCACUCACAAAGACCCUGCUUGAAGAUGUCAAGAAGAUCUUUAAGACAACUUCUGGAACUCCUUUCCUCAUUCCAACCACAGGGACUGGUGCAUGGGAAAGUGCACUCACAAACACAUUAUCUCCCGGUGACCGAAUUGUCUCUUUCCUCAUCGGACAAUUCAGUUUGCUCUGGAUUGAUCAGCAGCAACGUCUCAACUUCAAAGUUGAUGUUGUUGAAAGUGAAUGGGGUCAGGGUGCUAAUCUCGACGUUUUGGCCUCAAAGAUAGCGGAAGAUAAAGCACAUACCAUUAAGGCCAUUUGCAUUGUCCACAAUGAGACGGCAACAGGAGUUACCAAUAACUUGGCUACCGUAAGAAAAAUACUAGAUCAUUAUCAGCACCCUGCACUCUUUCUUGUGGAUGGAGUUUCCUCCAUCUGUGCACUUGAUUUCCGCAUGGAUGAAUGGGGCAUAGACGUCGCUCUUACUGGUUCACAGAAAGCUCUUUCUCUGCCCACUGGAUUGGGAAUAGUGUGUGCAAGCCCCAAAGCUCUUGAAGCCACCAAGACUGCUAAAUCAGUCAGAGUUUUCUUUGAUUGGAAUGAUUACUUGAAGUUCUAUAAAUUGGGAACAUAUUGGCCAUAUACUCCUUCCAUUCAGCUUCUGUAUGGGCUGAGAGCAGCGUUGGAUCUCAUUUUUGAGGAAGGGCUUGACAAUAUAAUCGCAAGGCACACUCGGCUCGGCAAAGCAACGAGACUUGCAGUGGAGGCUUGGGGCUUGAAGAACUGCACUCAGAAGGAGGAAUGGUACAGUGACACAGUCACUGCUGUGGUUAUUCCCUCAUACAUUGACAGCACAGAAAUCGUUAGACAGGCAUGGAAGCGUUACAACUUAAGCUUAGGCCUUGGACUCAACAAAGUAGCUGGGAAGGUUUUCAGAAUCGGGCAUCUUGGUAACCUGAAUGAGUUGCAACUACUGGGGUGUCUUGCUGGAGUGGAGAUGGUACUGAAGGACGUCGGCUAUCCUGUGAAGCUUGGCAGUGGGGUGGCGGCCGCAUCUGCCUACUUACAGAACUCCACUCCAUUGAUUCCUUCCAGGAUUUGAUCUGUCAUAACUAUAUUUUCCCUUUUGCGAUCAUAUGGUUAUACUGUAAAAAGAUUUGCACAAUAGCCUCUCUUUCUGGCUUUUGUAUUUGGUUUAAGUGUUGUUUGAUGGACCUUUUGUAUCUAAAACUUUGUAUGAGAACAAGCUUCUUCUUCAUGCCUUGCUGCACUCA